GCCUGGUGUCGCCCCUGUGGCCAAAGGACUCGGCUUCAGCUUCAGGGCGCUUUCGUUGUUGGACUACGUUUCCCACAGGCCCCAGGGCCGCGGAUGAACUUUGACCUUUGCAUCUCUUUCCGGUGUUUUGGUUAUUGAGUUCUGCAAGUGAAGGCCCUCUGAAGUGGAAGACAGCAUUGGUAUUAAUGGCCAGCUCAAGUUUCAUUGGGGAUCGUGUCCAUGGAGCUCCUCAUGCUGUCAUGCCAGAAGUGGAAUUCCCUGACCAGUUCUUUACAGUUCUAACCAUGGACCAUGAACUGGUGACACUCAGGGAUGUGGUCAUCAACUUCUCUCAGGAGGAAUGGGAAUAUCUGAAUUCUGCUCAGAGGAACUUGUACUGGGAUGUGAUGAUGGAGAACUACAGCAACUUACUCUCACUGGAUUUGGAGUCCAGGAAUGAGACUAAGCAUUUAUCUGUAGGAAAAGACAUUAUUAAAAACACUGGUUCUCAGUGGGAGGUAAUGGAAAGUAGCAAGUUACGUGGCCUUGAAAGUUCCAUUUUCAGAAAUGACUGGCAAAGCAAAAGCAAGAUUGAAGUACAAGGACCUGAAGUGGGAUAUUUCAGUGAAAUGAAAAUCAUCUCUGAAAAUGUGCCCACUUACAAAACUCAUGAAUCUCUUACGUUACCUCAGAGAACUCAUGACAGUGAGAAGCCCUAUGAAUACAAGGAAUACGAGAAGGUCUUCAGUUGUGACUUAGAGUUUGCUGAAUAUCAGAAAAUACAUACUGGUGGAAAAAACUAUGCAUGCAAUCAAUGUUGGAAAACCUUUGGGAUAGAUAACUCCAAUAUGUUACAACUGAAUAUUCAUACUGGUGUGAAACCUUGUAAAUAUAUGGAAUAUGGGAAUACAUGUAGUUUUUAUAAAGACCUUAAUGUAUACCAGAAAAUUGAUAAUGAGAAGUUCUACAAAUGUAAGGAAUACAGAAGGACUUUUGGAAGAGUUGAAGAAGUUACUCCACUUCAAAGAGUUCAUGAUGGUGAGAAACAUUUCGAAUGCUCAUUCUGUGGGAAAUCCUUUAGAGUGCAUGCGCAACUUACUCGACAUCAGAAAAUCCAUACUGAUGAGAAAACUUACAAAUGUAUGGAAUGUGGCAAGGACUUCAGAUUUCAUUCACAGCUUACCGAACAUCAGAGAAUUCAUACUGGUGAGAAGCCCUACAAAUGUAUGCACUGUGAGAAGGUUUUUAGAAUUAGUUCACAGCUCAUUGAACAUCAGAGAAUUCAUACUGGUGAGAAACCUUAUGCAUGUAAGGAAUGUGGAAAGGCUUUUGGAGUAUGUAGAGAACUUGCUCGUCAUCAGAGAAUUCAUACUGGUAAGAAACCCUAUGAAUGCAAAGCAUGUGGAAAGGUCUUUAGAAACAGUUCAUCCCUGACUAGACAUCAGAGGAUUCAUACUGGUGAAAAACCCUAUAAAUGUAAAGAAUGUGAGAAAGCAUUUGGAGUAGGUAGUGAACUUACUCGACAUGAAAGAAUUCACAGUGGUCAAAAGCCUUAUGAAUGUAAGGAGUGUGGAAAGUUCUUUAGACUUACAUCAGCCCUUAUUCAACAUCAAAGAAUUCAUAGUGGUGAGAAACCUUAUGAAUGUAAGGUAUGUAGGAAGGCCUUUAGACAUAGUUCAGCCCUUACAGAACAUCAGAGAAUUCAUACUGGAGAAAAACCCUACGAAUGUAAGGCAUGUGGGAAGGCCUUUAGACAUAGUUCAUCCUUUACCAAACAUCAGCGCAUUCAUACUGGUGAUAAACCCUAUGAAUGUAAGGAAUGUGGAAAUUCCUUCAGUGUUGUUGGGCAUCUUACGUGCCAACCGAAAAUUUACACUGGUGAGAAAUCAUUUGACUGAAAUAAAUGUAUAAAGUGGU